AUGUCCUUUUUCGCAGUAAUAGUGAGCAUCGGUAGUUCUAAGAAUUUCAAGAACCAAAAAAAAAUAACGAAACGGAAACCAAUUCAAAUACGAAUGGAGCCCGAUGAAGACGGAGAAUUGCCAAAGAUGAGGUACUUCGGUGAAAAAAAGAAGUUAAAAGAAGAUAACUUGGACAAAUUUAUCGGGAGAGCUGGAAUCGAUGAUGCGUUGUUGUACGAUAUCGAUGACAUAAAUCUGAGAAUUGAUUUCGAAUAA